AUGGGAAUGAGCUCGGCGCAGGUGAUCCGCGACUGUCAGACGUACUUUAACCCGUCGACGCUCUUCCGGCCGCUGUUGGAGCAGGAGGCGGCAGCAAGGGCACGCGAGUCCAACACGGCACAGCGGCGGCGCAGCCGGGCAAAGCGCGACAUGCGAGUGAAGAUGGGACACGGCGGCACGCUGGAUCCGCUAGCGACGGGCGUGCUGAUCUUGGGGAUCGGCCGCGGCACCAAGGAGCUGCCGCGCUUCCUGCACUGCACCAAGACGUACGAGACGGUCGUGUUGUUUGGCGCGAGCACCGACACGUAUGACCGCGUCGGCCGGAUCCUGCGGCGGCGGGCCUACGGCGACAUCACGCGGGCCCGCGUCGAGGAGGCGCUCGAGGCCUUCCGCGGCCGUUUUCGCCAGAUGCCGCCUCUCUACUCGGCCCUCAAGAUGAAUGGCAAACCGUUGUACGAGUACGCGCGCGAGGGCCGUCCGAUUCCCCGCGAGGUUGAGACCCGCGAGGUCGACGUGUCCGCCCUCGAGCUGCUCGACUGGUACGAGCCCGGUCAACACCCCCACCGCUGGCCGGCCGACGAGGCCGGCAUGGCCGAGCAGUCGCUCGCUGAGCGUGUCUGGCGUCUCGAGCGCGAUCAGGCCGCUGGCAAGACACCGCACCCACGCAGCGCCGAGGAGGAGCGCCACGACCGCGACGCCCUCGCCGCCCACGAGGACUUUAAGCGCCGUGCCGAGGAGAAGCAGGACGAGCUCGUCUUUGACCGCCCCUCCAAGCGGAGGCGUGGCGCUGCCUCCACCGCUGGCCCGGCCUCAGACACUGCUGCUGCUGCUGCCAUCAACGGCCGCCGUGGUGGUCCUGCCGGCCAGUUCCUCGAGAUGUCCGGUGCUCUCGGCGAACUGCCCCGAUCUCCCUAUCACGACAAUGCGGCCAGUGCUGCUGCUGCUGCCGAGAAGGAGGAUCCGGCCGAGAACCUGUCGCUGCCCGAUAGCACUGAGGCUGUCUCCUCGGACCCUGCUGCUGCCCCGAUUUCGCCGAAGCCGCGUCCUGGUCGUGGCUCCAACCUCAUCCCACCACCACCUUCCGCCGAUACGCCACCGCCUUGGGAAGGCCUCGGUCCCCCGGCUGCGCGCAUCCGUCUCACCGUCAGCUCCGGCUUCUACGUCCGCAGCUUCUGCCACGACCUCGGCGAAAAGGUCGGCUCGGCCGCCAUGAUGGCUGAGCUGGCUCGCACUCGCCAGAGCGACUUCUGCGCCGGAUCGGCCAACUGCCUCGAGUAUGACGACAUCAGCCGCGGCGAGGCUGUCUGGGCGCCCAAGGUCGAGCGGCUGCUGCGCCUGUGGAAGGACGGCACCGUGGCCGAGGGGGCGGAGGAGACCGAAAAAACUGAGGAGGAUGCUGUUGACCGUGAAUCACCGGCUGCUGCCGUCGCUGCUGCUGAUACUACUGCUGAUUCAUCAGCUGACUCAGCGACAUUGCCGCCCAGCGACAUCGUCAACGAGGCUGCAUCGCCUGCUAUCGAACCAAAGCAGUAG